AUGAAGCGGCGGCUGGGCGAGACGAUGGACGUCAAGCCCGACCCGGAGGAGAUGCAGGAAGGCUCCGGACUGCAGCAGGUAGCCACUUUGGUGGCGCAGCAGGUGGCGGCGGCACUGGUCGCCCCUCUCACCGGCGGCAGCGCGGCGCGCUUCGGGCGCGUGGCCUUCGGCGCGCAGGAGCAGGAGAGCGUCAACGCCUUCCUGCACCAGAAGCUGGGCAAGGACAGCCUGGCGCGACGACCCGGGCCCGGUGGACGCAAGCUUACGUAUAUCGAGAGCUGCAAGGCCAUUGAACUGGCCAAUCGCGCGUUCGGAUUCAAUGGCUGGUCGUGUCACAUUGUCGAGUGCAAGGAGGAAUACGUACGUGUUGCAGCUGCAGUUGCCGGUUAA